CAACAUUCGUUGCUAAUCGGUAAUUUUCCCGCCAAAUCACUGAAGCAGAAGGGGAAGCCAAAGAGAGGAAGAAUCGAGCUCCAGCAAUGGCGUCCAAAGCCAAAACCCUAACGGAUUUCUUCCCCCCACUGCAACAGCCAUCCGCGAAGCGCCUCAAACAGACGCUUUCCUCUACCAACAACAAAUGCGACGCAAAUGGAAUCAUCCCCAAUCGCUCCUCCUCCUCCUCCGGCAUCGGCGAUGGUGGCGCCGACGGCCUCUCCGCCGACCAAAAGUCGCGCAUGGAAUUCCAAAAGGUCCUCGCCAAGUCCAGGCGCAACCUCAAAAUCUGCUCUCAAAGAGUCUCCAAUUCCCAAAGUGAAGGAGGUUGCGGAUACGUGAAGUUGGAGGAGUUGUUGGUGGAGGAAAGCUGGUUGGAGGCGCUUCCAGGCGAAUUCCAGAAGCCCUACGCCAAGAAUCUCUCCAAGUUUUUGGAGUCUGAGACAUCUGCCGUUGGGGUUACUGUAUAUCCGCCUUCGCAUUUGAUCUUCAAUGCUCUCAAUUCCACUCCUUUUGAUAGGGUCAAGGCUGUUAUUCUUGGCCAGGAUCCAUAUCAUGGUCUGGGCCAAGCAAUGGGUCUAUCCUUCUCUGUGCCUGAGGGGGUUAAGGUGCCUUCAAGUCUCGUCAACAUUUUCAAGGAACUUAAGCAAGAUGUUGGCUGUUCCAUUCCAUCUCAUGGAAAUCUGGAAAAAUGGGCCGUGCAGGGUGUCCUCUUGCUCAAUGCUGUUCUCACUGUCAGGAAACAUCAGGCAAACUCUCAUGCAAAGAAAGGAUGGGAGCAAUUUACUGAUGCUGUUAUUAAAACGAUUUCGCAAAGAAAGGAAGGAGUUGUUUUUCUUUUAUGGGGAAACUCAGCACAAGAGAAACGCAGGUUAAUUGAUGAGUCCAAACAUCACAUUCUGAAAGCUGCACAUCCUUCUGGUUUGUCUGCAAACAGAGGCUUCUUCGGCUGCAGGCAUUUUUCUCGUACCAACGAGCUUCUGGAGAAAAUGGGAAUCCCCUCAAUAGAUUGGCAGCUUUAAUAAUACAAGACCCAUCGCUCUCUAGUACUAACUAAUUUAUACAUAAUACAACUGUUGGGGCUUUGCAAAGACGUACGGGGUUUGGGCACUUUUGAUAU